CUUGCACAUUGCUAUUCCGCUGUCGAGUUCGUCACACAUUUUCAAUGGCAGAUAUGGAUCCGAAGAAGCCUAAAGAAGACUCGCUUUCAGAAAAAGAAGUGAAAGCCCCAAACAUUCUUGAGCGAGUGAAGGAGGAGGUGGAGGCUGUAUUUCACCAUGAUAAAACACCUCACCAUCACAAAGAAACUCACGGGAGGAGUGAUGACAUUGAUGAGAAAACUGAUGUUGAUGAGGUAAAAGCACCUGGUGUGUUUGAACGAGUCAAGGAAGAGAUUGAGGCUGUAGUUGAGGCAAUUCAUCAUAAGAAAGAUUCUGACAGUCAUGAUUCAUCAAAGUAGGGGUGGAUUUUACCUUCAUGUUGUAAGUUGUAACCCAGUUUAUGAAGAUUUGUCAUGAUCAUGUUAAACUUCAAAACCUUUUUCCUACUGCAAUAUUUUUGGUGUUCCAAUUUAGAUAUGCAGAGGAAAUGAUUCUGUAAACUUUUUUUUCCUUCUAUUUUGUUCCUAUUUGAAUGCUGGAAAGUGACUGUUGGAGAAUUAUAUGUGAUCAUAAGCUUGGACAAUUUCUUAGAGUAAUCCUAUUGAUAAAUCCCCUCUCUCUCAAGAGGUUGGAAUGUGAACAAGCAUCAGCAGGUGAAAAGGCUCAAUCUCAAUCUUUUGAGAGGUAGAGCUUUCGAUGGAAUCAAGAUAUGAAAUGUUUAAUAUGCCUUCAUUAUGCCUGCUUAAAUGCAAAAUAUGACUUCUUGGGA